AUGUUCCCCAGCCCUGCGCUCACACCCACGCCGUUCUCUGUCAAAGACAUCCUGAACUUGGAACAACAGCAACGCAGCCUGGCCGCUGGGGAGCUCUCUUCGCGCCUGGAGGCCACCCUGGCGCCCGCCUCCUGCAUGCUGGCGGCCUUCAAGCCUGAGGCCUACGCUGGGCCGGAGGCAGCGGCGCCUGGCCUCUCGGAGCUGCGCGCCGAGCUGGGCCCCGCGCUUUCGCCCGCCAAGUGCGUGCCCCCCUUCCCUUCGGCAGCCCCCUUCUACCCGCGCGCCUACUGCGACCCCGACCCUGCUAAGGAUCUCCGAGCAGAUAAGAAAGAGCUGUGCGCGCUGCAGAAGGCCGUGGAGUUGGAGAAGCCGGAGGCGGACGGUGGCGAGCGGCCCCGCGCGCGGCGGCGGAGGAAGCCGCGGGUGCUCUUCUCGCAGGCUCAGGUCUAUGAGCUGGAGAGGCGCUUCAAGCAGCAGCGGUACCUGUCGGCUCCCGAGCGUGACCAGCUGGCCAGCGUGCUGAAGCUCACGUCCACGCAGGUCAAGAUCUGGUUCCAGAACCGGCGCUACAAGUGCAAGAGGCAACGACAGGACCAGACUCUGGAGCUGGUGGGGCUGCCCCCGCCUCCACCACCGCCUGCGCGCAGGAUCGCGGUACCAGUGCUGGUGCGCGACGGCAAGCCGUGCCUGGGGGACUCAGCGCCCUACGCGCCCGCAUACGGAGUGGGCCUCAACGCCUACGGCUACAAUGCCUAUCCCGCCUACCCGGGUUAUGGGGGCACGACUUGCAGUCCAGGUUAUAGCUGUGCCACCGCGUACCCCGCCGGGCCGCCCGCCGCCCAGCCGCCCACAGCCGCCGCCAACAACAACUUCGUGAACUUCGGCGUCGGGGACUUGAAUGCGGUGCAGAGUCCUGGGAUACCACAGGGCAAUUCGGGGGUAUCCGCGCUGCACGGUAUCCGAGCCUGGUAG